CUCUUAUGAUUUGGUUGCCAAUUUCUAUGGAAACUGGAUUUGGAUGUACUAUAUGCUUAUCAAUAUGCUAUUGUUUUUCGUACAGGUUUAUCUUACAAUUAAUUUUUUGUGCUUGAUUGAAUUGCAGGCAUGGAUAGCAUUGAAGGAUUAUUUCUCAAGAAGACAGAAGAUGGUAAUAAAUCUCAAAUAUAUAGAUCUGACAUAUAUGAUCCGGGCUAUUCCAAGCAAUGCAUCAGAUCAGAUAACAUAUGUUGCACACUCCUUGCUCAGAGUGCUGUUCAUGGUGCUAUGGUUGGAUACACAGGCUCCAUUGUGGGACUUGUUAAUGGCAGAUAUACUUAUAUACCUUUCCAUGUCCCAGUGAAAAACUGGGUUGUAUUAGGCUAUAUUGGUUGUACGAGCAUAUUCGUGUUGUUAUAGGCCAAUACAGCCAUAAAGGCC